AAAUUGACCGUUCUCCCUUAAAGAAAAAAAUAAUCUAAAUACCUUAUCUACACAGUAGAGACGGAGAGCAAUAAUCCACAAUUUAAAGGUAUAUUUUGGUUUAGGCAAACUAUAAAAUCUCAAGAUGUUUUGCCGAAAUCAGACUACGAGAGCCACGGUCGCACGCGGAUCUGCUGUAGAAAUGGAGAUACGGCGGGGGAAGUUCAGAAUGAGUGUUUUCUUGGAUACGCUACAGGACAGCGAUAUCCAGAAGAAGAUUGACCAUGAGAUCCGCAUGCGGGAUGGCACCUGCAGGCUGCUGGCCGCCUGCACCCAGAAGGACCAGGCCCUGGAGGCAGCCAAGAGCCUGCUCACCUGCAACGCCCGCAUCCUGGCCUACAUGUCAGAGCUGCAGAGGAUGAAGGAGGCGCAGGUCAUGCAGAGAGUGGCGCGCAGGCCCUCUGAUUCCAGUCUGCUAGACGACAGGCUACCCUGCAAGGGAAAAGUGGCCAUAUCUGACCUGCGUAUCCCUCUCAUGUGGAAAGACACAGAAUACUUCAAGAACAAAGGAGAGCUGCAUCGCUGUGCGGUCUUCUGUGUGCUGCAGCUGGGAGGUCACAUCUUCGACACAGACAUGGUGAUGGUGGACCGGACCCUGACGGACAUCUGCUUUGAAAACACCAUUGUGUUUAAUGACGCCGGCCCCGGGUUCGAGCUGCGUGUGGAGCUGUACAGCUGCUGUACGGAGGAGGAGUUUUCAGCGGGGAAUGCUCCCCGGAAACUGGCCAGCAAGCUGAGCAGCUCCCUGGGCCGCGCCUCGGGGAAGAAGGUUCGGGCGUCGCUGGAGCCCGGCAGCCCUGUGUCUAAUGGAGGAGGAUCCCCUCUGCUCCUGCCCUCUCCCUCUGUCCUGGGACCCAAGUAUCAUCUGCUGGCACACACGUCUUUGACCCUGGCGCACGUUCGGGACAGUUUCCGAACCCACGACCUGUCCAUCUGCGGAAGCGAGGAGAGCUCUUAUUGGCUGCCUCUCUAUGGGAGUGUGUGUUGCCGUCUGGCAGCACAGCCUGCCUGUAUGACUCAGGAGAUGAUGAGUGGCAGUCUGAAGGUCAAGCUUGGAGAGGAUCCUCAGAUUUGGACAAACAUAUAUGGUGUCCUGAGGGGGCCAAACCUCAUCUGUUACCACCAGCAGGAAGACAAAGAGGCUGAGGUGGAGCCAGCUUUUACCAUCGCUAUAAAUAAGGAGACAAGGAUCCGGGCCACUGAGAAGGACCCUCACAGCAAACUGCAGAGCAUCUCCAUCAGCAACCACUACGCUGGGGAGGGGGUGACCCACACGCUGGCUGCAGACAGCCGAGGGGACACUCAGCACUGGAUGGAGGCCUUCUGGCAGCAGUUCUAUGACAUGAGCCAAUGGAAACAGUGCUGCGACAAUCUGAUGAAGAUCGACGCUCCAUCACCACGGAAACCCACGCUUGUGGCGGCAAAGCAGGGCUCCCUUUACCAUGAGAUGGUUAUUGACCCCGCGGAUGACCUGGAAGCAGUGACAGACAUCUGGAAGAGGCACAUGCAGGAGUUUGAGUUGUGUGGCCAUCUUGGGACCACCCCUCAUUGGACGUCCUUGUUUGAGGAGGCCCAGAGUAGCAGAGCGGCGGGACACAGCCCCCACCCCCGCUGCCGGGCCCCCCGGAGCCCACGCCCCAGCCCCAAGCCCUGCCCCUGUCGCCCCCGCACCCUCUCCCUGGACCCCAAGCCGGGCGGCUGUCAGGGCAGCCACGCCCAGCCCUCCUCCCGACCCCCGCGGCCGGGCGUGUCCUCCACCUGCAGCAGCAGCUCCGCGGAGGGCAGCACUGCCUCCGAUUCGGACUCCGGCCCCUUCCCCCGCUCCGCCCCGGGCCCCCGCAGCCCCCUGCGGGCCAAGCUGGCCCCGUGCAUAUGGCUCCAGACUCAGGUGUAGGGCCCACCCCAAACCUGGGUCAGAGGGCUCGGCGUGUGAGCGAGCCUCGGUCUCACCCCACUACUCCCGCUCUGUCCAGUCCUAUCAGCAUCUCAG